AUGGCCGAGCCAGACGCAUCUACAAGCUAUAUCACGCUCGUCUCUUCAGACAAUCACAAAUUCAUCUUGAUGAAAGAUGUGGCGCUGAUAUCGUCUGUGCUUCGAAACAUGGAAGAGUUCGAGGAGGGCCAAACUGGAAAGAUCAACUUGGAUAUGGACGGCGAGAUCCUCGAUGUGGUGGUGAAUUACUUGCACUAUAACUAUAAGUAUAAGGAUCAGGACGAUACGGGCGAGAUUCCAGAGUUCAAGAUUCCAACCCACUUGGCCUUGGAGCUUCUUGUCAAGGCCGACUACUUGGACAUUUAG